ACUCGGUAAACCCAAUUUGAUACUACUUGAUCCAAAAUUUAUGUACGAUUUGUCCGAUUACAUUUCUCUCUUAUAAUUUUGAUCUAAUCCUCCGCUGACGCAGCACCGGCGACUUUCAUUUUCUCUCUCCUUCAUCGCCGCUCUCUUCCACUACCUGCCGUUUCAGAAGACUGAGCUGCAUUCACAUCAGUUUCUCCGGUUCGCUGCUACUUUUCUACGGUUUUACUAAUCGCCAGCUUCACGCCGCCGCUGCCGACUUUUCCGCUCCUUGGGAUAUUUCUAUAACCAAGAGUUACAAGAAUGGCAUCUAGACGGAAUGUCCGUUAUAGUCGUCUUGCUGAUGACGACGAUGAUGAUUAUAAUGGUCAAAAUCGACAUGACCCUAGAUUUGAUUAUACUCCCAGAAGCUAUGACAAAGUUCCUUGGAAGUCAAUAAUUCUCGCAAUCUUUUUGCUCCUUCUUGGGUGUCUGCUUCUCUUGCUUGCAGUUUUCAUCUUCACUGGUCACAUGGGAGGGGAGCUCUCCCAAGCUUAUGGCCUCUUAGGACUGGGUUUGCUUACCUUUGUACCAGGGUUCUAUGAAACUCGGAUUGCCUACUAUUCGUGGAGAGGUGCCCAAGGAUACCGCUUUGCCAAUAUUCCAGACUAUUGAGAGGUUUUCUUUGUUUCAACUCAAGGCAUAUUUGUUUUUUACGCAUUUAGCUUACAAGAUUCCUCUGUAAGAACUCGUGGUCGUAUUCAUGUGUAUAUUUAGAAACAAGUGUGUGUAGUGUGUACAUUCUUCAGUUAAGUUUAGCAUAACUCUGGUGCCACGCACUGGACAAUUGUUUACAGAUGUGUCUGGACAAAGUUUUGUAUCAGAGAGUUUCUUGUGGUGAAUCUAUGAGCUAGCUGCAAACUGAGAAUGGCAUUAGGAUCAUUUUGUUGGUUCUUUUAUUUCA